AUGGCAGCCCCAAGCUCCUCACGCUUACCUAUUCCUUCGACCAAUCAAUGCAAAUUUGAUGUCUUCCUGAGUUUUAGAGGCAGUGACACUCGCAAAAAUUUUACUGAUCAUUUAUACACAGCUUUACAUCAGAAAGGAAUCCUCGCCUUCAAGGAUGAUGAAGAACUCCAAAGGGGGAGAGCCAUUUCACCAGAACUCUUUAAAGCAAUUGAAGAAUCAAGAAUCGCAGUUGUCAUAUUCUCAAGAAACUACGCUUCUUCCACCUGGUGUUUGGAUGAACUUGCCAAGAUUGUUGAUUGCGCUAAUAGCUCUGGACUUGUUGUGUUGCCAAUCUUCUAUGACCUGCGACCAACCGAUGUACGACAGCAGACAGGAAAUUUUGAGGCAGCGUUUGCUGGACAUGAACUUUCCAAAGACAACAGGGAGAAGGUGAAAACAUGGAGGCAAGCUUUGACUCAAGUAGCAAACCUCUCUGGAUGGGAUUUAAAAGACAGGCAUGAGACAAAGGUCAUUGAAGAAAUCGUGGAACAUAUUUCUAGUCAUCUGAAUUUCACAUUCCCAACCUGUCACUCCAAAAAUAUUGUUGGGAUGCAUCGUGUGAGGGAAAUUGAAUCAGACCUAGGUGUAGGCAAGUUGGAUGAACUUCGUGUUAUUGGCAUUUGUGGUAUGCCUGGAAUUGGUAAGACAACCAUUGCACAAGUUGUUUUUGAAAAUAUUCACCAGAAAUUUGAAGCUAGCAGUUUCAUUGCUAAUGUUGGAGAGGACUAUGAAAAGAAAGGUUUGUUCCAUCUUCAGAAACAACUUUUUGAUGACUUGUUGAAGACCAAAGUAACCACGGCGAUUCUCAAUAAUGUGAGGCAGAGAUUGCGUAACAAGAGGGUGCUUAUCAUUCUUGAUGACGUGAAGGAGUUGGAACAUAUAGUGGACCUAGUUGGAGAGGGCUCUAGUGAAGAGUUCGGUGCAGGUAGUAGAAUCAUCAUAACCACAAGAGAUGAAAAGUUGUUGGAGAAUUAUGGGUCCAAAAUACACAAGGUUGAAAAGCUUACUGAAAGUGAGUCUCUUCUCCUCUUCUGUCAGAAAGCCUUUAAGAAAGAUCAUCCUGUUGAUGAUUUUCUUGAGUUGUCUUACAGUUUUACAGAUUACGCUAAUGGCCUUCCUCUGGCUCUUGUAGUUUUGGGUUCAUACCUAUACCGAAGAAAUGCGAAAGACUGGUCUGUUGAAAAGAAAAGAUGGUCUGAUGAACUGAAAAAAUUAAGAGAUAGCAACUUUUCUGGUCCAGAAAAAAUAUUCAAUAUUUUAAAACUAUGUUUUUUUGGAUUAGACAUGGCAGCAAAGGAGAUAUUUUUGGACAUUGCUUGUUUCUUCAAAGGAGAGAAUGAAACUGAUGUAAGAAGGAUAUUUGAAAGUUGUGGCUUCUAUCCAGAGUGUUGUAUACCAAGCCUUCUUGAGAAAUCCCUGAUAACUAUUGUAGGAGGAAAAUUGUGGAUGCACGAGUUACUACAACAAACUGGCCAGCAAAUAGUCCGUGAAGAAUCCAAAUGGUUAGGGGAACGCAGCAGGUUGUGGGAUCAUACAGAUAUUGUUCCUGUCCUUCAGAACAAUAAGGGGACAGAACUUGUUAAAGGUAUUUUCCUCAGCUCACCUCAACAAGCCAGAGUGCACUUGAAGGCAGACCCUUUCUCAGAGAUGCGCAACUUAAGACUGCUGAAGAUUAAGAAUGUGAUAUUGUCUGGAUGCCUUGAGUUCACUCUUUCGGAUCUGUUAAGCUUCUUCGAAUGGCAUGGAUAUCCUUUAAAAUUUCUGCCCUCAAGUUUUAGACCGGAUAAACUUGUUGAAUUGCACUUGCCUCAAAGCCAAAUAGAGCGACUAUGGGAGGAAAAUAUCAAGCAGCCUCUGGAAAUGUUGGUAAUUGUAGACCUUAGUGACUGUGAAUUCUUGACCAAGACCCUUGACUUCAGUCAAGUCCCGAAGCUGGAGAGGCUAAUCCUUAAAGGUUGUAAAAGAUUGUCUGAUAUUCACCCAUCAAUUGGAGAUCUCAAAGGGCUCAUUUCCUUGAAUCUACAGGGUUGUGAAUCUCUUACCACUCUUCCCCCCAGUAUCAAGUUGGGAUCUCUCAUGACUUUCAUACUUUCAGGAUGUUCCAAACUGAAAAGGUUUCCGGAAAUUGGAGAAAACAUGAAAAAUUUACUGGAACUUCAUUUAGAUGGGACAGCUAUAGUAGAGCUACCAACAUCAAUUAAGCAUUUGACUAGCCUCUCUCUGCUCAAUUUAAAAGACUGCAAGCUCCUUCAGAGUCUUCCAGACGUAAUUUGUACGUCUACAUCACUCCAAACUCUCAUCCUUCAAGGCUGCUCAAAUUUAUGCCAGUUGCCAGAAAACUUGGGGAGCUUAGAGUGUUUGAAGGUGCUUGACAUAAGCAGAAGUGCUAUAAGGCAGGUACCUCCCUCCAUUCAAUUUCUGAAAAAUCUUACAGGACUAUCUUGCGCCGGAUGUCGAGAUUUGCCUGCUGAACGCAGUUCAUGGUGUUUGCCGACCUUCAUUUCUUGCUUCUUGCCACCAGAUUUAGCAUCCAACAAUUCCAGUGGUUUGCAGUUGCCUGCUUCAUUCUCCGGUUUGUGCUCCUUAAGAAAAUUAAUUUUAAGCGAUUGCAAUCUGCUUGAAGGAUCAAUCCCUGAUGACAUUGGCUGCAUAUCCUCGUUGCAGUAUCUGGAUUUAAGUGGAAACAACUUUGAGACAUUACCCCAAAGCAUCUCUCAACUCUAUCAGCUUGAAGACCUUCAUUUAAAUGAUUGUAGAAACCUAAAAUCAUUGCCAACAUCACUUCCUAUAAGUAUACGAGGUAUAUUUUCAGAUAAUUGUCCUCUCCUGGAUGAAACAUUUCAAGAAAUAGUAUGGACUUCAACUGCUUUGGGAUUUAGCUUUAUAAAUUGCAAAUACAACAAAUUUUAUCCCCUUCCGACAGCGGAUCAGCACCUUAACCAGCAAAAUAUCCGAAGAUUUUUAAUGGAGCUAUUUUCUCAGGGUGGUUGUUUUCAAUUUUUUUUUGGGGCUGAAACUGAUAUUGCUUCAUGGUUCUGUCGUCAAAGUACUAAUUCGUCAAUAAAAAUUCCAUUACCUCAAGACUUGGAUGGGAAAAGUCAAUGGAUUGGUUUUGCUCUGUGGUUUCUUAUUGAAUCGGAGGUGCAUGACAGUGUGGAUUCAGAAGAAGAUCCUCAAUCCGAAUAUUUCAACAAGAGAAAUUACAGUUGUGACAUCUUCACAAAUGAUGAAGAUCCUCCCCUAAAGUAUCCACUCGCGGAUCGCGAUGGUCGUGAGACAUAUCAGCAUUUGCUUUAUAUACCAGCAGAUCAUUUCGUGAAAAGGUUGAAUAAAUGCUUCAUCGAGGCUAAAAUCAACAUCAAAAGAACAGGGGUGGAAGUGGUAGCAUGUAGAGCGAGGCUAUUGUACUCGGCAGACGUGCCAGAAUUUGUCGGGACUCUGGUUCACCUUUGGAAUCAUGAACAAGUGGGGCAUCUGGCAAAUCCAUCAUCGAGCAAGUGCACUGAUCAGUCAAAAGUUUAUCCUUUUGCUUCAGAAACAAGUUUCUUGAUUGAAUUUGAACGCCAGAUUUUCAGAAAUUUAAGUUCAACCAGGAUGGAAGGCCAUGAAGUGAGAACAAGGGUAGAGGCAUUGCUGCUUGAAGAAAUAUUUGAGCUGGAAUCGGCACGUAGCUAUGAUUAUGGUUUCAUUUUCUCUCUUAGAGCAAUUUUACCGUGGUUUACUCAUCAAAGCAUCGGCAGUGUAGUCCUUUCACUAAACGACCAAAGCAUUGGGGGAGUAGUAGGCAUGUAUCUUCCGCCACUUUUACAUAGCGAUAACGAAUGGGUAGGGUUUUCCCUAUUUGUGGCCUUCACUCUGCCUCCUCCAGGUGUUUUGGCUGUAAAGUAUUCUUCCGUUAACUGUCGUUUGCUUACCUCCAGAGGAAUAAUGGGUCCGCAGCAUAACCUAACAUUAGAGUUCCCCGGUGAAGACAACUUUAUGGGGUCAGAGCGAGUUCUUGUUAUUCAUAUACCUCGAAAACAUUUUCCAGAAGACCUCGGUGAUCGCAUUCAAGCUUCUUUUGAAUCCCUCACUCCAGGUGUGGAGGUUCAAAUGUCUGGGAUUCGUCUAGUAUACCGGCAAGAUUUGAAUGGCUUAAUCCAAACUAUUACUCACUGCACUAUACGCAGUCCAUUUGCUUACUUCGGACAAGAUGACAAAACAUUUAUUUUGGAAGAAAAUAAGAUUGGCGUACAUUUGACCAUGGAGAAAAGUUUGCUUCAACAAGCAAAAGACAGGAUGCUUCAAGAUUGGCAAAAUUCUUCAACAGGUUCAAAGGUAAUCACUGAUCAACAAAUUGAGUUGAUGAUACUUUCUGAAACUCCAGUCAAUCCACCUAAGAAAAAACAUUCAGUGAUCAAGUGGAAAAGAAACCUUGACCUUUUGCUUCAAUUUUUCUUUAGGCUUCCUGUUGAACUAUCGGUCACUGUAUGUCUCAGUCGAAACAUAAUCUCUUGCUCAAAACGCUAUUCUGGUAUUUUCUAUCAAAAGGAAAUUCCGGAGUGGUUCACAGAACAACAAUCAUCUGAGACUCUGGUGUCCCCAGUACCUACAAAUCUCAGAAAGGAUAAGAGUUUCCUGGGAUUUGUUGUGUGCGCGGUUUUUUCAGUUGAGCCGUCUCGAGCUGACGUCCUCAAAUAUUUGUAUUCAGGACACCAUCCCAGACUUGCUUGCAAUUUUCAUUUGAGCCCUGAAAUACCGUGUAGCUUAGAGGUUGGCAGCUUGCCUGGGACCAGUCCCAAGAACAAAUUUAUGUGGUUAUAUCUUAGACGGUUUGUCUGGCUGCAGUACAUACCGGGUCAUUAUUUUAAGGAUCACUUGAAUGAACUCCCUGAGUUAGGGGUUUCAUUUACGAGUGAUUCCCCAGCCUUGGCUGUAAAGCAAUGCGGAUUCCGCAUCCUAUAUGACCAAGAGGUCCAAAAAUACUGGAAAGCAACAGUGCAGUGCUUCACUUCCUUUUUUGACGACAAUGAGGAUCAUAUUCGCCAAUUCAUUGAAGAUGAGAGACAUUCUUUUAGCAUUACAAGAUCUUUUGGGGUUCUCGACAACAGGACCUUGAUCGCUCUUUUGAAAACCAUCUCCGAAGCAACAUGCUUAAACAAAUAGUCACAAGCUUUUUGAAGGGUUUUCAACAACAGGACUUUGAUCCCUCCGCGAACAUACUAUUGUAUAAGAAUCAGCUCCAGGACUUUGACCGAUGCUCAAUCUAUAAUUCUUGUUUCCCUCCAAACGAGAUUGCAGAAUGGUUCGAGCUUCAAAGCAAUGGACCCUCAAUAACAAUCCUGAUGCCACCAGAUCUAUCUAGAGAUGCUAAUUGGAUAGGAUUGGCAUUCUGUGCAUCCUUUGCAGCUCUGAAGAAUUCAAGUGCCAACUUUGCCAAUAAUGUGGAUCCAGGACUUCCUCACCACCUUACAUGUCAUUUGGAAAAGGAUGAUGGAGGUAGUCUGGAAUCUCUCCAUGACUAUUGCACCACCAAUGAAGAAUUUCAAUGGAUGCAUCUAGGAGGAUUUAUGUGGCUCUCCUAUAUACCACGAACAUGGUUUUCAGAUCAGCUGAAUGAAUGUGGUUGCCUGGAGGCUUCAAUUGUAAGUGGUCAUGGAGCAUUUAAUGUGGAUAAGUGUGGGUUCCGGCUUGUAUAUCAGCAAGAUGAAGAAGAGCUUAAGCAGACCUUAAUGCUUUGCAAGACCGCUUUGUUGGAUCUUUAUGAGGAGAAGCAAGACCAUGAGGCAGAUGGAACUAGUAGAACACUGGCCGAUAAUCAUGAUGGAGAAACCAGUAGUGCAAAUGGUAUCAGGGAUCAGGACUUUGACCGUGCCUUGACGUACAAUUCUUGUUUCCCUCCAAGUGAUAUUGUAGAGUGGUUCGGGCAUCAUAGCAAUGGCCCUUCGGUAAAAAUCCCGCUACCAUCAAAUCUAUACAAGGAGAAUACUAAUUGGGUAGGACUGGCUCUGUGCGCAUACUUUUCAGUUCUUGACCCUUCGAAUGCCAGCCUUGAUCAUUUGGAUUCUGAAAAACUUGAUCACCACCUUACAUGUUAUUUGGAAACUGAUAGCGGUAGUACGGACUUUUUCCAUUGCUACAUCACCAAAAACAAAGAAUUCAAAUGGUUGCAUCUAGGAGGAUUCUUAUGGGUAUCCUACAUACCACAAAGGUUAUUGAGUUUGGGUCAUCAGUCAAAUGAGUGCAUUAACCUGGAGGCUUCUAUUGGAAGUGAUCAUCAAGGCUUGGGGGUGCUCAAGUGUGGGCUUCGUCUUCUAUAUCAACAUGAUGUGGAAGAGUUCAAGAAAACCAUUAUGCACUGCAAGACCUCCUUGUCUGAACAUUACAAUGGAGAAAAUAAGCCUGAUGUUGGGGGUGAGACCGAAUCAUCUAGUACUAGCAGCAAGUGUGUCAUUGGGGGACCGCACAGUGGUAUAUUAGAAAGACCCCAAAUUGAUAAGGGUAAAGGAGUGCUGGUGUCUGGUUGGUAAAUGUACUGCUGGGAUAUAAGUUACUACUAGGUUCCAAUGUUGUGGACUUGCUGAAACGUGGAAAGAAAUUUUGCUACUGCCAGAAGCAUAGUAAACGAGCACCAGGCAGGGUCAUGUUGCAGACGAUUUUCUCAUAAAAAUGUGCAUUUGAUCAGUUUGAGGACUGUAUUGCUUGAAAAAUUAAAAAUUUCACUGGUUUGUUCAUGUACUCGGUGAGAAAUCUGUUAGCUUAUAUCAAACUGCAGAUAGUGACACACUAUGAAUCAAAUUAAAUUUGAAUUCUUUUAUCAAUCCAAUUGAAUGCAAUGAUUUUUCUUC